UUCUUAAUAUUAAUUUGUUGACAACAAUUUGUCAUGAAAUGUUAUUUUUAAAAUUUCCAAUGUUUUUAUGAUCUGUUUUGUUUAUUUUUAAUUAAAAAAAAAAUUAAUUAACUUGUUAAUGAUUAUUAUUGAUUAAUAAAAAUGCCAAGUUGUUGUGCUAAUAAUUGUUUUCAUCGUCAUGAUCAAGGUUUUAGAUUAUUUAGAUUUCCAACACAUAAAGAAAGAAGAACAAUAUGGAUUGAAAGAUCAAGACCAAGAAAAUUAACACCACAUUCUAGACUAUGCGAGUAUCAUUUUGAUGAUUCUUGUUAUGAAAAUAGACGUGCUGAUGGUGUACGUAAAUUAAAAUGGAAUGCAUUACCAACAAUAUUUUCAGAUGUUGGUGUUAUUGGUGAUCCAACAAUGCCAAUACCAGAAAGACCAGUUAAAGAAGGAAAAUUAUUUCAAAAAAAUGUCAAUUCAUUUAUUCAUAGUCUAGAUAGUCAAAAAAAAAAUUGUGUUAAUAGCCAAAUUAAUAAAAAAAAUGAUAAACAACAAGAAAAUUUUAUAAUAUCAUUUGAGGCUGAGACUGGUAAAAAACAAGAAAACUUUAUUGUAUCAUUUGAAACAAGUAAUGACAAUAAUGAUCAUGUUGUUAAUGAAAAUGUAAUAUUUGUCGAUAAAAAUAAUGCAAUAAUUGAUAAUGUUAAUGUUGUUGAGACAAAUACAGAUGAUGAAUUUGUUAGAUAUGAAUGUUUCAUUGAAGAAAGUGAAAUAGAAGAAAAUUUACAAAAACAACAACAGCAACAGCAUGAUAACAUUGAUCAACAUGACAAUAAUGUUUAUCUAAAUGAAAAAAUUGAUGAAUUAAAUAAUUAUGCAGAUAGUCUCAAUGGUGCUGAUGAUGAUUGUGCAACAGAUUAUGAAUAUCUAACAGAUUGUGAUGAAUUAAUGGAAAAGCAGGAUAAAAUAAUUCAAGAUAUUGAUAAUGAUCAUGUAAUACUUGAUGAUGAUAAUGUUUUAUUAGAUACAACAUAUUUUCCAACAAACAGUGGUACAAUACGUCAAGCAAAUGAAAUUAAAAGAUUAAGAACACAGCUAUUAAUUGCAAAUAAAAAACUUCGUGUUAUAACAAAACAAAAAGAAGAAUUAAAAUUAAAACUCAAACAAACAAUACCAUUACAAAAAAAAUAUAAAAUAUUAUACAAUGAAAAUGAAAUAUUAAAAAAAUUAUCAAAUAAAGUACCAAUGUUGCAUAAAUUUGCUGCCAGUUAUGAUUUGUCAAAACCAGCAUGGACACAGGAUUGUCUAAAAUUAGCAGCUAAAAUUAGAUGUUCAAUUGGCUUGAAAUCAUAUAUGAUAUUGAAAAAUGAUGUUGGAAUACCAUUGCCAUCUUAUCCAACAAUAUGUAGAUAUUUAAAAAAACAAAAAAUUGGUGUUCAAGAUGAUGUUGAUGAUCCACCUCAAAAUCCACUUAUUGAUCAUGUUUAUACAUCUUGAAAAAUUAUUAAUAUUAUUGCUAAAUCACUGUGAUUCAAUUUUUUAAUACUCAAAUAAUUAUUUAAAAUGAAAAAAAAUAAAGAAAGUUGCUUUAAAA